AUGAAAGGGAAAUAUCGGCUUUUGAUACUUGACGGUCAUGGUAGUCAUUUGACACCAAAAUUUGAUGAAUUAUGCAGCCAAAAUGAUAUUAUUCCAAUCUGUAUGCCUGCACAUUCAUUACAUCUUUUACAACCUCUUGAUAUCGGCUGUUUUUCAGUGUUAAAGCGAUCAUAUGGCCGGCUUGUUGAAACCAAAAUGCGUCUUAGGAUCAACCAUAUUGACAAGUUCAACUUCCUUGAGGCUUACCCACACACACGAUUUGAAACAUUCAAGCCUGAAACCAUUAGAAAUAGCUUUGCGGCUGCUGGCUUAGUACCAUUUGAUCCUGACAGAGUGCUUUCAAAGCUAAAUAUUCGUCUUCGCACACCAACCCCCCCAGUGAGCUGGGGUAGUGAAUCAAGCCGCAAUUUCACACCCAAAACUCCUCAAACGCUUAAGCAACUACAUCGACAAGCUUCAUCAAUUAAAAGGCUACUUAGACAGCGCUCACAAAGCCCACCAAGCCCAACACAUCGUGCACUUAAUCAGCUAGUAAAAGGCUGCCAACUCGCAAUACAAAGUGCUACAAUUUUAGCAAAGGAAAACACUGAAUUACGUGCUGCCAAUGAGAAGCAGAAGCAAAAGCGCACUCGGUCUAAAAGGCAGAUACCUCAUGAAGAAGGCUUGUCAGUUUUGGAGCUUUGUGAGCUAGUCACACAGCCAGAAGAAGCAAUUGAAGCACCUCCCCCCCCUCAGCCAAGAAGGCCUUCACCACCUUUACAGCCGCGAACAAGGGCUUUACCAAGGUGCAGAGCCUGUGGAAAUGAGGGACAUAAGAGAAAUGCAUGUCCAGUUAGACAUAAUUAG